GCGGCGGGAUGUCUCUUUGUUACGGUCGCGCAAUGGAACGGCCUUGGGUGAAAGGAGAGGGGCGCCGCGGUGGUAGGAUCGGCAGGAGAUGGCUCUGGUUGCACUGCCUGUGCUGCUGCACCCUGCUGUUCCUCCUUGUGACUUUGCAGGUGGUGGUUGAACUGGGACAGUUUGAAACAAAGGAAAUAAAGGGUGAGGAUUUCUACAGCGACAGAAUGGAGGAUUGGAAUCUGUUGAAUGACGCAAAUGAUUUACAGAGCAGUGUGAAGCAAUAUUCCAAUUUGGGAAUUGAGUGUCCCAUUAUUCUGUGGUGGUCACCACUGACUGGAGAACCGGGCCGCCUAGGCCAAUGUGGAAGAGAUACCUGUUUCUUUACAGUAAACAGGACCUAUCAGGAUCAUCAAAUGACACGAGCGUUCUUGUUUUAUGGCACAGACUUUCAAAUUGAUAGUUUACCGCUGCCUCGGAAGCCCCAGCAUGAAUGGGCCUUGUUUCACGAAGAAUCUCCUAAGAAUAAUUACAAGCUUUUCCACGAACCCACUGUCACACUGUUUAAUUACACCUCCACAUUCAGCCGCAACUCUCAUUUGCCACUGACAACCCAGUAUAUAGAGAGUAUCGAAGAGUUGAAGUCACAUAAAUAUAUGCUCCCUCUGUCUGAGAAGAAUCGUUUGAGGGAGCAUUUGGCCCCAUUGGUGUAUGUCCAGUCUGAUUGCGAUCCUCCAUCAGACCGAGACAGUUAUGUACGAGAACUGAUGAAAUAUAUCCAGGUCGACUCUUACGGUGAGUGCCUACAUAACAAAGACCUUCCAACUGGCCUGAAGGAUCCCACAGCCAUGGAUGAUGAUGCUUUCUACUGGAUUCUUGCUCAGUACAAAUUCAUUCUGGCUUUUGAGAAUGCUGUUUGUGAUGAUUACAUUACUGAGAAACUGUGGAGACCAUUUAAGUUAGGUGCAGUUCCAGUUUACUAUGGUUCCCCAAGUGUGGCAGAUUGGUUGCCCAGUAAUAAAAGUGCAAUACUUGUGGGAAGCUUCACACACCCCAAGGAACUAGCUGACUAUAUUAUACAAUUGGAUGGUGAUGAUCAGAGCUAUGAGGUCUUCCUCGAGUGGAAGCAGGAAGACUUAAUCUCCAAUGAGAAGCUGCUAACUGCCAUGAAAGAACGCAAAUGGGGAGUUCGAGAUGUUUCCCAGGACAACUACAUUGAUGCCUUUGAGUGUAUGGUGUGCAGUGCAGUGUGGGAAAACCUUAGAAGAAAGCAAAAGGGUUUAUCACCAAUUGAAUGGCGGGGACAAACCAACCACCUCAGCUGUCCAAGGCCAAAGGCUUUUCCUUUCUCAAGUGGGGGGACACUAGUCCGAGAUUUGUGGAUGCCAAGCUUUGAACAAUCAAAACGAGAAGCUGCAGCACUGAGGCACCUAGUGGAACUGAACCGAAACUUCACUGUGGAAACCUUCUGGAGGAUGGUGUUUAGUGACUAAUGAGAUAGAUAGUUAUUCUCAAAAAUCACCUAUUCUUCAGAUUCUUUUGAGGACUCCAUAAAUCUAGAAUAAGUACAUUCAGUGAUAACAGUAUUUGCACAAAUUUCAUACGAAAUCCAACAAAUAAUUACUAGAGGCCAUAUUGUGGCUUGGUGAUUAUUUAGUUCAAAGUGAUUUAUCAGUUAGCUUCGGUCAAAAUCAUAUUGAAGAUAGUAGUGUUUUCUUUUGCACUGGAUAUUUCCUCAGUAAGAACUCUGGCACAUUCCAUGGGCUUUGGAAGGAUGUCAUUGCGAGAUAAGUGUUCUGAGUGUGCCCUGUUAUUUUUCUGCAAGGGUUAACCUUCUGAAAUGACUAGAACAUUACAUCAGCAGAAUAAAAGUCUCAGAAAUCUUAAUUGUCAAUGCAAUUAACCCACACUGUCUUGGUGAGGUUGCUGUAGCAAGAACUAAAUAGAAAAUCUAAAUCGAUUGCACACAGUUGCAUAUCAAGCAAUACUUUUCAUAAAAGCACAAUUUAGACUUGAAUAUUACCAGCAAGUAAUUGACAAAGUAUGAUCUAUGCAACAGAGACUCAAGAGUUCUGACCUUCUCUCACUUUUGAAACUCAUACUUGUGCCUUUGUGAUCUAUAGAUUUAACAAUUCCAAAGGUUUCACUAUUUGAGCUUCUGUGAACUUCAGUUGCUGGUGAUCUUUUUUUCUUUUGCUAUUUGGAAUUGCACCAAUUAGCCUUUGGCUAAUAUACUGUCUUGAUUCCUAGAACUGUGACACCAGAACAAAAUACUACUGGGUGUAGAUAACAAUGUGAAGUUAAGGUUACCAUAAGAUCUGCUCUGAUCUCAUUGAAUGGGUCUUGAGGCUGAGUGGUCUACUCCCGCUCCUCCUCAAUGUACUUUAAUUACUCCUUAUAACCUACAGUCCUUCCCAGACUCUGUUCUUCACCAGCAUUGACCUCAUCUACAACACCUAAUUUUCUUCAUACCACCAAUGACUUCUGAGGCCUUAUGUUCUUGAACUUACUGCAUUAGCCCCUCCACCUUUUGAUACCUUCCUCCUCUUGUUUAUAUAGUUAUAUUGAAAAUUGCUUCAAUAAAAUGCUUAGGAGUGAACCAAGAAAAUGCCAAAGACUCUCAGUAGGUCACGCAUCAUGUGUGAAAGAAAAAACGAUAUGAAGUUUCAGAUUAAAGACCUUUCAUUAGACCCUUCUGAUAAAGUGUCUUUCUGCUUGAAAUGUUAUUCCACAGAUGCUGCCUGACCUGGUGAGUGUUCUUAGCAUUCAGUUUUUAAUAUGGAUUUGUAGCAUUAUCUUUUUUCAUUUUUUAAACACCUAGGGGUGUUUUACAAUGUUAAAGGUCCUGUUUCAUUGUUGUGGUUCUGUGUCAGAUGAAAACAUUCUUGAAUUUAUUGCCUUUGUGUUACAGGAGCUUGGUUUUAUUUUCAAUUUGAAACAGACUGUUGGAAGAUCUCAACACAUCAGGCUAUAUUUAUGGAGGGAAAUGGACAGUCAAUAUUUCGGGGCAAUAUCCUUCUCCUCAGUUGAAGAUUGAUUGAUUGAAAUGACCUCGGGCUAGUGAUGUAGUGCUUGAUUUUAAUAGAGUUGUUAUUCUUUGAAUAGUUUUGCAAUAUAUAUGAGGAUGGAAUGCAAACAUCUUUGGUCUCUCUCUGCUGUCACUGAAUAUGGUUGGAAAAUGCAAUGGAGAUGAUCCAUUGUAACUGGGUAUUUAACUGCAUUUGGAGUGGAAUCCUAUGUACCGAAUAUUGAAAAGCCUGGCUAGAGAAAACAUGGAGAAAUUGUUUCCAGGAGUGGGAGAGUGUAGCACCAGAGAGUACAGCCUCAGAAUAUCCCUUUAGAAUAGAGGUGAACAGGAAUUUGUUUAGCCAGAGGGUGGUGAAUCUGUGGAAUUCAUUGCAUCAGGUGGCUGUGGAGGCCAAGUCAUCGGGUAUAUUUAAAUAGGAGGUUGAUAGGUUCUUGAUUAGUAGGGGUAUCAAAAGUUAUGGAAGGAAGGCAGGAGAAUGAGUUUGUGUGGGAUAAUAAAUCAGCCAUGAUUGAAUCGCAGAGCAGACGUAAUGGGUAGAAUGUUCUUCAAUUCUGCCCCUAUGUCUUAUGGUCUUGUGACAUUUUGGAAUGUUUGUAUAAACAAUCCUUUCAGGGUUGACUGAUUUCAGAGUUAAUUUAAUAAACACUUUAUUGGAUUAACCAUGGGGCCUGAUUCUCUUGGGCUGGAAAGUUUGCUCUUAAUGGAAUCAGAAGGCAAAUGCAUUGUUCAAGUUCAUUGUCAUGGACGUACAUACCCAGGAUAUAAAUGCCAUGUAAAUUAGAUUUUUGCAGCAGCAACACAGUACAUUACAAGUAUAGCAAACAUAAGUUAAUAUAAAUUAUACAUAACCUACACAACAUAAUAAACAAAAUUAAUAUAACACUAGUGCAAGCUGAGAGAAGAAAAGAAAUAUAGUC